AUGGUCCAGGCCGGCUUCAGUAACCGGGUGCUCAUCCUUGCUUCCUCCACAUUCCGUCGGUGCGAUCCUGCGACCGACGUGAAGGGUCUUCAGCUUGGGACCUCUCAGGUGCACAUCUCAGGCCUCCACCCCACCAUUGACAGCCACCCCCCUGCUCCCACCGCCGCUGCACUCCCCAUCCCACCCUCCGCCCGCCCCUCCUUGUCUUCCGCCUCCUGCCCCUCCCCCUCUCUCUCCGAAUCCCCCGCCAUCCGCCCCACCAUCACCUCCUCUGCCUCCGCCUCUCACUCCUCCCUGCUUAACUCAACAUCCUUCUCUCUCAACCGCUCGUCACUGACCUCUCUGAUUGGAGCUCACGGCAAGGAGCCGUUCCUUAUUGGCGUGUCAGGGGGAACGGCAUCGGGCAAGACAACAGUGUGUGAGCAGAUCAUUCAACAACUGCACGACCACCGGGUGGUGCUGGUGCACCAGGACUCCUUCUACCGAGGGUUGACAGAGGAGGAGCUGAAGCAUGCCAGUGACUUUAAUUUUGAUCAUCCUGACGCUUUUGACACGGAUGCGCUGCUUUCAACCAUCGUAGCUCUCAAGGAAGGCCAGUCAGUGGAGAUCCCAGUAUUGGAGGUUGAGGAGCUCUCCAAUGCCGUUAGGAAGAGUGAGCAAGGGAAAAUCGUUGAGGCAGAGGGUCUUAAGUGCACUGGAGAGCUUCAAGCUGCGGAGGCAGGUCAAGGAGGUGACCUGCUCGGGUUGUUCCGUGAAACGUCUGCAGUCGUUGAUGUUGAGCUCCCACAGACACGGCAGCCGAUCGCUCGUGUUCUCAAGGAGAUCCUCCAAGUCCUUGGUCCAAUCCGCGUGUCCCUGCAGAUCGACGUGCAAGGGGUGAUUGACCAGGUGCGUGUGAUUAUCACGAGGGAUAUUGAUCAGUACGCUCGUUUUGUCAAACCAGCCUUCGAUGAUUUCGUGCUGCCCUCAAAGAAGUUUGCUGACAUAAUCAUUCCCAGGGGAGGAGACAACCACGUGGCAGUGAACCUGAUAGUGCAGCAUAUAGGGUCGAAGCUGGGGCAGCAUGACCUGAGGAAGAUCUACAGCAACGUACACGUUAUAGAGUCAACGUUUCAGGUGCGGGGUAUGCACACCCUCAUUCGCAACAGGGACACGAAGAAGCACAACUUUGUCUUUUACGCCGACCGCCUCAUUCGCCUCCUCGUGGAGCAUGGGCUAGGCCACCUUCCUUUCACUGAAAUUCAAGUCACCACCCCCACAGGCUCAACAUAUGUGGGUAUCAACUUUAGCAAGAAGCUAUGCGGAGUGUCCAUAAUUCGCAGUGGCGAGAGCAUGGAGAAUGCGUUAAGAGCAUGCUGCAAGGGAGUGAAGAUUGGGAAGAUAUUGAUUCACAGAGAGGGGGACUAUGGCAAGCAGGGAGUGAAGAUGGACAGAACACCCAUCCACAGGGAUGGCGACUUUGGCAAGCAGCUGAUAUACGAGAAGCUCCCCCGGGACAUCGCCCAGAGGCAUGUCAUGCUGCUCGACCCUGUGCUGGCGUCAGGCCGCUCUGCCAUCAAGGCUAUCGAGCUGCUGCUGCACCGAGGGGUGCCUGAGGAGCGAAUCAUCUUCCUCAACCUCAUCUCGGCCCCGGAGGGCAUUCACAACGUGUGCCGCCGCUUCCCCCACCUCAAGAUCGUGACAUCGGAAAUCGACUCGGGGAUUAACGAGGAGUACAGAGUGGUGCCAGGAAUGGGGGAGUUUGGGGACCGGUACUUUGGUACAGAGGAGGGGGAUGCUGGGAGGGAUGAUGAGAGGGAUGGUGAUGGUGACGCUUUUGAGGCGUCUUGA